AUGUACAAUGAUACCUACCCCAACGUGCGGCAGUUCUUGCGCAUUCCUUUUGCACAGCCCCCUGUGGGUGGUCUUCGUUGGGAACCGCCUCAGAAAUUAUCGAAUUCCUCCAAAGUAUAUGAUUCCACCCGCUUCGGUCCCGCCUGUCCGCAAUAUGUGUCCUCAUCACAUGUUUUCUGGAACGAAUAUGCGCCACCUAACCCAUUGCUCAGCCUGGGUGAGCGACGUGACCAGGGCGCUGUAGCCUGGUCCUCGGACGAGGACUGCCUCUCCCUCGCUGUAUGGGCUCCUUCGUACGCAAAUAAAUCUUCGCAGCUCCCCGUCGCGCUCUUCAUCACAGGAGGCGGCGGCCUCAUUGGAGGCAUUACUGUCCCUUCUCAGUUACCGGAGCAGUGGGUGUCACGUUCCCAGGAACAUAUUGUUGUCACCAUCAACUACCGUGUCAAUAUCUUUGGAAACCCCAAGUCUCGCGCCGUGCGGGAGACAUCGCUCACGCUGCUCGACGUAAGAGCCGCUGUUGAGUGGGUUCAUGAAAAUAUCCAGCAAUUUGGAGGCGACAGAGACAACAUACUUUUGUGGGGAGAGUCCCAAGGCGCCAGGCUGGUAAACAUGUAUAUCACAGCUUUCUGGGAAAAGCCUCUCGCCGCCAAAUUUGGGCUUCUUUCCAACGGCCCAAACUACAUCAUCAACACCGCUGAAGUUAAAGACCCUUACGCCGAUUUCGACGUUGUGGCCAAAAGCCUUGGCUGCGACUACGGCGACGAUUAUGGAGCUGAGCUUGAAUGCAUGCGCCAUGUUUCUUGGGUGCAGAUCGAGGAGUUUAUCAACAGAUAUGAUAAGAAGCCGAGCAUUGCGUUUGACAACUAUAUUCCCGACGAGAGAUACAUCUUCGCCAACAAAUCCGACCGGUAUGCGAAGCAUCUCGUGGCACGAGGACCUGCCAUCCGUUCCACAACAUCAACCGAGCUAGAGCCCUCACCCAACUUGACUCAUACUGUUGAGGUUGCUCGUAACUUUAAUUGUUUUGCAUUGAGUGAUACCAGGCUGCGUGAGUCUAUUGGCCUGGAGAGCUUCCGCUACUUCUAUGUUGGUAACUAUUCCAACAUUAGCCCUGAACCGUGGUUAGGUGCCUAUCACUGGACGGAUUUACUUAUGAUCUUUGGCACAUAUGCCAAGAUGGUUGGUGAUAUUCCUCAAGGUGAAAUCGACACAUCUGCCGCCAUGCAAGACUACUUUGUCGCUUUCCUCAAAGAGGGUGCCAAUGUGGCGAGCUCCGUAGGCUGGCCUGUUUUCCAACACCAGGAUAAGAAUAAUGGCUCCAUUAUUGAGUUUGGAGCGCGUGGUUCUCCAGCUCGAAACGUUACCGGUGAUUAUCUCGACGCUUCCUGUUACAACCCUUACGCGCUUGACGCUUUAAUGAAACUGAUUGCCGCCCUUAUGUAG